AUGGCGGACCCGAUAAGCCUGGCAUCUGGCCUUCUGGCGUUGACAACUUUUGCGAUUCAGUCGACCAAGACUCUCUAUGAAGUCAUCGAGAGCUUUCGGAACAAAGCCAGAGCCGUUCGGGAGCUCAAAGAAGAACUUCAGGCGCUGGAGAAUGUACUACAGUCACUGCAGAGCACCCUGAAUGAUGACGAUCAAGUCGAUCUGUCAGCUUUGAAGUUGCCCCUUCUUCGAUGUGGCGAGGCAUGUCAAGCAUUUGCGGAGAUUAUCGAAAAAUGCACGGCCCGUUCCAGCAGAGAUAAAACCAGCUUUCGUGACUGGUUCAUGCUGACGUAUCGGGGUAAAGAUAUUGGUAGCUUUAGAAAUGUCAUCGGCGCGUACAAAUCUACUAUCGCUAUUGCUCUGGCAGAUGUCAAUAUACGGUAUACCACCGUGACGACCCAACUCCUUCGCCAGUACAAGGAGAUGAUUGACAAUACCACUUCAGAUCUACAAGAAAUCUUGCAACAAAAUGACCAAGAAUUGGCCAAUUCAUCGCAACAGGGAGAAUCCCCAUCUCUUGCAGAUCUCAAUGAUCCCGGUCCAUUGGCAGCUGAAGAGGAAAGAGCGAGCAUUGAACGUUGUCUCGAUGUCUGCAAACGAGUUGCAAAUCACUUAGCCCAAGUCCAAGCGGAGAUCGUUGCCAGUGUGACGAAUCGCGUCGACGGGAAUAAGCCGGCUGCAACAAGUCCACGGUCAAGCCCAGCCCAUAUAAUUACAAGCGAAAAGUUGAAUGAUUGCAAAACUGGAAUUAGCUUCACCAUCUCUGAACUCCAAUUGCUUCUGCAGGACGCCAAUCAUCGAAUUGAGAAACUGCUACACCAGUCGACCCCUGCGGAAGGUUUGGACGAAAAUGACCCUCGCAUCCAACAAGCUCCUGAAGAUCUUGAGAGCAUCAGACAAUGCCUUGCCAUUUGCAAAGAGGCUACAGAGGCACUUACAAAGGAGCGAGUGAACACCUUCGGGGAUGUCAACUCGCUUGAAGAUGCACAUCAAAUUGUCGUGGCGACUCUUGGGGAUCUGAUAUCAGCCAGAAGAGUUUCGGCUGGUGCAAGAUCAAAGCAGUGGCUAGGCCAAAUGUCCGACGCGUCGCUUCAACAACUUUCCAAAGACAACGUCUCCAGUGCGAAUGCUGCUACGACUAAGAAUCCCCCCAGCAAGACUCCUGAUGACGGCGUGCACCAAAACAGGACCACAGACGAACCAGACAUCACCAUCCAUCCCAAAUUCAACGGCCGACACGGGGCAGGGCGGAGACUGGGAUAA